AUGAAAACGAGUGAAUUCACUCCUAAAAAUCUCAGCGACAUUGCCAAGCCAUCCGCACUCGUAUCAUUAUUAUGGGCAAACCGUGACGAAACUGAGCUUAAUGGAAUAGAGAAAUUUAAAAACCUAGUAAGUUUCUAAAAAGGCUGAGCUUGAUAUUUCAGGAAAUUAUUUAAGUUCAGAAGUAACUCAGCUCCUUUCACUAAAAUAUCUAAAAAAACUAAUACUUUCCAACAAUCAUAUAGAAGCUCUUUGGCCACUUCCCGCUACAAUAGAAAACUUAAACAUCUCAGAUAACCUACUAGUAACUAUACAGCCUUCAAUUCUAUUACUUACCCGUCUCCAUACCUUAGAUAUAGGCCAUAACAAUUUAGUUUCUCUUCGUUCCCUCUCAAAUCUCACAAACCUGAAGUGCCUAUAUGCAGCUUACAAUAAAAUCGAGAAUCUUCAAGGCUUGGAGCGGUUAAAUUAUUUAAUUGAGUUGGAAGUUGAAGGAAAUUUGAUAACUAAAAAAAGCGACGUUGAUUGUUUGAAUAUAAAUUCAAGCAUCUCAGUAGUCAAUCUGAGACAUAAUCCACUGCAAUCGUAAGACCUAAAUAGAGAGCUAAAAGCCCGAGAUGCAUUUUGUACAUCAUCUGAUUUUCCAGCCAAUUUUACAGAACUCCAAGAAGGAGUGUACUAUAGAAAUCCAGAAAAGUUGAAAGAAAUAAAAUCAAGCAGAUAUAGGACUCUUAUAAAGAAACAUAAAGAAAGCGAAAGAAUUUCAAUAAGCCCUGACUGAGGAUACUCAAGAAGGUCUAGUAAGCAUGGAGGAAGUUCAAGGUUUAGCGGCAGAGAAGUUUAUGAUGAAAUUAUAUGUGAAGAGCCUUGCGAGUUUGUAGAUAAGCAUCAUACGGAAAGCAGGGUUUCUCUAACUCCCCCCCCUCCGUGAGUGAACAAAACCAUUAGAAAAAUCCCUAUUUUUUGGCCAAAAACCCACCCUCCGUGAGUGAACAAAAAUUUUUUUUGAUAGAAAAAUUUUUUUAUUGAAAAAAAUCUUGAUAUAUUAAUGAUAAUUAGUAUAAUGAAAUCUAUAGCUAAUUCAGUUUAAUUUUAAACAAAUUGCUUUUUAAAACAUAAAUUUUAUAAAUUAAAUUAAUAUUUUCUUUCCAAUUUUUGCGAAUAGGAUUUUUUUUUAAAUUUUGAAAACAAAUAUUUUUUAUAAAAUUUAUAUAUAAUUUUUUUUUAAAAACAAAAUUAACCCCUCCGUGAGUGAACAAAAUUUUUUUUGUUCACUCGCGGAGGGGAGGGAGUAAGCAAUCCUGCAUGUGAAAAUGAGAUGGAUUUGAAAGAAAUUACUUUGAGUGAUUUUUUAGACGCCGCGAGAGAAGUGAGAGAUGAAGAAAUAUAGUUUUUGCCUUCUAUAUCCAUGGCUCUCUCCACCAUAUUAUUAAUUUUUCAGGUACAAUUCAGUUUUAUAAUAUAAUUCUAAAUAGACUAUUGAUGCUAAGAAUUAUAGAAACUCCUGUCAAAAAAUUAAGCUUACCAAUCGCAAAGCUUCAGCUUGAUAAAAUUGAUAAACCAAGCUAUGAAAAAUGGACAACAAAGCCGAAUAAUAAUAUUGAGCCUCUAUUUGAUGAGCUUAUCAGCUAUUGUCAACUAUAUGAUGAUAUCAACAAAGAGGAAGAAGAAGGAUUUGGCCAUGAAAAAUAUGAAUAUGCUGUAAAUAUAGAAGUUUCCUAUGUUUGGCGCUGUAAGGCCGAUAAAUUCUGAUCGGAAUUUAUCGGUUAGUUGCACCAAAUCAAUGCCUUGGUCGGACCAAAAAGCGAUUUGGUCCGACGAACUUGGAAAGCUCCUGGGAAAAUGUCUGCGCUUUCAGCGCUAUAUAGAGGAAACCUCUAUAUGCUCAAAAUGCGAGAAGAUGAAAGAAAAGAUUUGAUUUUACAAGUAAAGAGGCUUAAUAUGAGAAUAAAUGAUUUAGAAAGCUUUGUUUUUAGGGCUUCUGCUAAAGAUGAAGCUUAUAAAGUAUUAUAUAAAGAGUCAGAAAAAUAUAAGAAACUUUGUGAUGAUCAAAAGAAAAUAAUCAAAGAGCUUGAAUCAGACUUGGAAUUUUAUAAGCAACAGGUCCUUGAGAUGGAACAAGAAUUAGUUGAUGAAAAAUCUAGCACCUCCCUUUAAACAAGCACGUAUUUUUCUUGCUCUUAAAGAAGCUAAUUUUAAAAAAUUUAUAAAAAAAUAUUUCAAUGAAUUAAAUAUAUGGUAAGGAAAAUUUAGUUUAAUUAUAAAAAUGAAGUUUAAGAAUUCAAGCUGCGAAAUUGAAUAGAAAGAAUAGAUUUAGUUAUAGCAACUAUUAAAUUCUUGCAAAUAAUUUAUACCAAAAAAUUUUAGUAUUAGAUAACUGAUUUCUCUUAAAAAUUAAUUUCUCAAAAAUAGACGCUUUUCUAAUAAUUUGUCCGCUCUUAAAGUAGGAGUAAGCAAAAUUCUGAGCCAUCAAAGGAUAUUAGAGUAUUAUCUGAUCAACUAUAUCAAUUGAGUAUUUUAAAUAACAAUUUUAAUCUGAAUAAAUUAAGAGUAAAUCUAUAAUAAAAAAAUGAAUAUAAUUAUUAAAAUGAAAUAAUAAGUUUGCAUUGAAAUUUAAUGUAUUAAUUCGAUCGAAAAUAAAUUAUUAUCUAUUAAUAUUAGUGCCUCCAUCUUUCUAAAUAGGCAUAUUUAUUAUAAAUUGCAAUAAGAAACUUCAAGAAGAAAAAGAUUCAUUAGUUUCUCAAAUGCUAGAAAAUGAAAACGGCCUGAUGGGUAAAAUUAGGGAAUUAGAACAAAAGUCAAAAUCCUCUAAAAAGGUCAAAUUUAACCUUUCAUUUGACAAAAUGAGCAAUCGUAGCGCUUUUGCUCAAAUGAAUGAUUUGAAUGAGAUGUCCUGUCCUAACUUAAAAGACAUGAGCUACAAGCAAAAAAUAGAAAAUGGAGAUGUUUUGGUUAACAGAGAAGUAGCAGAAUAUAUUAAAAAGCUGCUGGAAAAAAUUUCUACAUUUAAAGACAAGCUGAAAAAAGUGAGAUCACAAAGGGAUAAAUUGAUGGCGUUUUAUGACAAGCAUAAAGGUCCGAUAUAA